AUGGAACACGCUCAUCAAUUAGUAAAGGUGACGAAUUUCAUGCUACACUUGAUGCUGCUGCUACCACUGCAGACAACAUCGACCGGCGGCAGCAGCAGCAGUGGCGGUGGAAAUCCACCGAUGAGCACCAACAGCAUCGUCGGUAUGGCCGGUGCGGUGGGAAAAUCUCCAACGGAUUUCGUCGGCCCGAUCGGUGCGAUCGCAAGCAGCGGGCGCGAAAGGUCGCACUUAAAAGGGACCGAGGGCUGCAAUCGAGUGGUGUUCAGCUCUAGUCGCAUCCGGAACGGCAGUAUCGCACCGUCCCAUUCGAAGCAUUCCGGUCUAUUCCCAUCGAGCUUGUGCCAGCUGUACGAGUUCGUGGGCGAUGGUGCGGAACGUGUUCAGAUCAUCUUUUCGGAGUUCCGCCUUCCGUCGAAGCUCGGCCCAACCGAAUGCGGUGACACGGAUAUCCUAAUGGUUUACUACAUCGUUAACGACCGCGAGGAGCUGGUGGAAACACUUUGCGGUGACACACUACCUAAGCCGAUACUCUCCGACGGCUCGCGGUUACUGCUGGAGCUACGCAGCAGCUACAACAACACGGAAAACAAGGGAUUUACCGGGGACUUUUUCUUUCUCACAAAUUUUGGGAUUCCCACCGGAUAUCAACCGAACCAGUCUGAAUGCACCUUUCACUACUUCCGGAACGCCACCAACCAAGGAUGGAUCCAGUCACCGAACUUCCCCGGUGCUUAUCCAAGAAACAUCAUCUGCAACUAUUUCUUUCACGGUGGACCCAACGAUUUCGUCCACGUGCGUUUCACAUACUUCGACAUCGAAGGAAUACGACCCUGCGACGAGGACACUGCCAGCGAUUACGUGGAGUUUUCUAAUUUUGUCACGCGCGAUCGCAAAUACGCCAUGUACUGUGGUAACUGGCGUGAGCUUGUGGUGCGCUCGGAUGGCCGUUUCUUUCGCAUUACGAUGGCAUCGAACGAUCGUCUGGAUGGGACCGGUUUUCGGGCACUGUACACGUUCGAAACGGUACAGAUCGAGACGACGGAGCGGAUCGAGGAAGCGUCGAUUGGCAAGGUCACUACGACCAGUGCCGCCGGCAGGCUGCACGGCCUGCUGUACCCGGUAGCACUGUUUACGGCAGUUUCUUCACCCACCAACAUGCCAAGAUUCACCAUCAUUAGUAUCAUUAGCUACAAGUUAAUAAAAUUUCGUCAAGACUGA